AAUAUCAGAUUUAAUGAUUUGAUUCAAUGAGUUAGGUUGGGUUUCAUUUCAUUUCAUCUGUUUAAAUUUCAUUUUCAUUUCAUAUCAAUAAAAAAAUUCUACUGAAGAUUUGGCUGUAUGGGCAUAGUUCCCUUUGCCUACCCAGAAUGGGUGAAAAAAAAAAAAAACUCUGAUUACAUAAUAUAUUCUUUUACGGUUGGCGCCAUUUUCCAAAAUUGUUCUUGCGAGUUUAGUUGUUUGUUGCACAAAAUGAGUAAUUUCGACGAUAUUUUAUUUGAAUUAACACCACCGGAACUCAGUAUAAUUGCACAAAAUGCUUCGGAGAACAUUUUACCGGAAAAGUCAAAAAGUCGCUACAUUUCUACAUACGACGAAUUUAUUACGUGGAGAGAAGAGAAAAAAGCAAAUAGUUUUUCAGAAAAUGUUAUGUUGGCAUACUUCUACGAACUCUCAGAAAAAUUAAAAUCUUCUACGUUAUGGUCGAGGUUUUCGAUGAUAAAAAGUAUGCUGAAAAUAAGGAACAACGUGGAUAUAAGUGAAUACCCAAAACUAAAAGCUUUCUUAAAACGACAAUCAGACGGUUUUACAACUAAAAAGUCGAAAAUAUUAACAUCGAAUGAAGUGGAAAAGUUUUUGAACGAAGCUCCCGAUGAUCGUUAUUUAGCCACAAAGGUUGCGCUGAUUUUUGGCGUUGUUGGAGCUUGCCGCAGAGAGGAGUUAGCCAAUAUUACUUUAAAAGAUAUUGAAGCCCAUGGAAAAAUGCUACUAAUCAAGAUUCCGAAUACAAAAAAUAAGAUACCGAGAAGCUUUGUUGUUGAAGGAGAUUUUCUUAAAAUAGUGCAAAAAUUUAUGAAUCAGCGGUCUCAAAAGGCAAAAACCGACCGUUUUUUCCAAAAUUAUCAAAAAGGAAAGUGUACAGCUGAAGCAAUCGGGAUAAACAAAUUUGGUAAUAUGCCAAAAGAAAUAGCUACGUUUCUUGGUCUGCCGGAUGCUGAGUAUUAUACUGGGCACAGCUUCAGGAGGACCUCUGCUACAUUAUUGGCGGAUUCAGGAGCCAAUUUGACGUCCUUAAAGCGACUAGGAGGUUGGAAGUCAGACAAAGUUGCAGAAGGCUAUAUUGCUUAUUCAUUAAACAACAAACUAGAAACUGGGAAAAAAAUCACACAAUCCAUUAAUUUAAAGUCCAGUCCGUCUCCUUCACAUGACAAUACUGAAGAGAACGUUCGUCCAUCUACCUUCGUUGAUAAUGAUAAUUCAUCAGAUCCAAUUCCAUCAACUAGCAAACGCCAUUGUAUAACACCUUUGACAAACAUACAUGAACAAUCAUACGAAAUUAAUAAUAGUUUGUCUCAAACAGUAAAUAUGCAACCUAAAACUUCCCCAGUUAGUAUAAAAAACUGUACCAAUUUCAAUGUAUAUGUGAAUUAUAACUUUUAUAAGAAAUAAAUGAUUAGUUAGUUGAGUUUAUUGUGUUUUUAUUAUUUUAUUAAAUUGCUUAAUUUUUUCGCAACUGUAUUAAAAAUAGUCGUUCAGUACACGUGCGGAACCAUCAUUGCAACUUGUUCCGACUGUCAACCCUCACCUUCGGCUGCGCCUCGGCUCGGGUAGACAUUUGUUGGAACUCUUUGCAAUGACAAGCUUUCCGCACUCGUAAUGAAAUAUACUAUUUUAAUACAGUUGCUCAAAAAGUGGCGUAUUGCAGGGACGUAUAGCGUUCGGGAUGUGGGCUAUUACACACUCGUGCUUUUUCUUUACCUUUUCCGAACUAGUGCGUUUUCUUUCCCAACUGUCAAGAUAAUGUCUAUUAAAAAGAAAAAAAACAACCACGAAGUUUUUACUAAAAAAAAUCAUAGAAGUUUUUAUAAUUCAUGCAAAUAUUUCAAAAAAGAAGCUACUCAUUUGUUUUAAUAUCAGAUUUAAUGAUUUGAUUCAAUGAGUUUUAGGUUAGGUUUCAUUUCAUUUCAUCUCAUUAAAUUUCAUAUCAAUAAAAAAAUUCUACUGAAGAUUUGGCUGUAUGGGCAUAGUUCCCUUUGCCUACCCAGAAUGGGUGAA